CACGUGACUCCCGCGCAUGCGCGGAAAGCUCCCUCUGUCCGUCAGCACUGGAGGACGUCAUUGCGGUUGACAGGCCUGCCGGUGUCCGUAGCAACUCAAUUCACUCAUGUCCCGUCGAGCGUGAGGGGCAGGAUCGCUGUCCCGUCGUCCGCGAGGAUUUAAUCGCGAGUGAGACGAGUUUCCGGGAAUCUGUGACGGUGCGAGAUCGCGCGCGGACGACUCCAUGUAACGCGAGGACGUCGCUGCGACAAUCGUGUCCGCCGUCUGCGAGUGAAUAGUACGGAACGACGAGAGGAGAAAGAAAGAAAGAGAGAGAGAGAGAAAACGAAUAUGUGAGUGAGCGAGAGAGAGCAGCACGUUUGUCAGAAUUCGGCGUCGGUAGUGAUAUAACAAAUAAAAAGAUCUCGUGUAUCGAAUCGAGUACUCGAGUAGGAGAUUCUCGAGAAGCGAAAGAGUGCAUCGGGAAGCGAAAGGAAAAAAGAAGAAAGAUAUAUACGCGCGUGCGACACGCGUAGGUGGACGGAGGGAUCCUAGGGAAUUUUGGCGUCGCGCCGUUGCCUGUCCGCGAGCUCUCCGCGUAUCAGCCGAGUGAAGUCGCGUCGAGUCGCGUCGAGUCGAGUCGAGUCGAGUCGAGUCGAGUCGAGUCGAGUCGAGUCCCCCGCUCUGGAUCGCGGGGCGAGUUGGCGCGGGCGCGCGUAAGUAAUGGAGGUGUCGAGAACCGCGGGACGCGCUCGCAGCAGCAACAUCAUCAGCGGGAGCGACAACGGCGGCUACGGUAAUGCCGUGCUGGGUCGUCCGAGCGUCGCCAGAGCGUGAGUUUUCGCGCGACUCCUGUCGUCGACUGUCGUCCCGGCAGCCGGCAUCUCGGCGGCGGUCGCCGGCCACGAGAGACGGCUCGAACCUGCUAUGGGAUCAUCGUUCGGAGCGACGACGCCGUUCGACGCCGCACCGAGCCACGUCCUACGAUCCCGUCCGCUCCCGUGACGCGAAGAGCCGGGAAGAGGGAAGAAGCGCGUCCUGGAUACAUAUAACGCGUCUGAGUGUCCGUUCCUCGGAGUGUAAAUAACACUACUGCUACUGGAGCUUUUGGAAGAGGAAAGCCGCGCCGGGCGCGAGAGGUUAGGAACUCGGGAAUUGAUUGCCCCUGCGAGGUGGCAUCGUCCGUCGAACUCUGACAGUUAACCAGCUUCCCCCCCCCGGCACACUCCUUCUCCCCCCCUCGCCCCCACCCUCUUCGCCACCGCCUUCCCUUCCGCCCCUACACAUCUCUAGUGUACACCGCGCCCGCGCGUGCCCUUUUCCGCUCGCGGAAACUGCGACGAGUAUAAGUGUCGUGUUCUGUUCUGUGUGGUGCCUCGUCGUGCCUCCGCGAGUUCUCCCAGGGGGGCACACGGGAGAAUUAUGCCCUGCGCGGGGAUCGAUCCCCGUCGCUGAUAUACGGAAACUUCGACGUCGUCGCCGGCGAGCUAGUGCGGUGAAAAAAAAAGGAAGAAAAAAAUCGUGCGACUGCGUGCUCGAUCCCAUCCGUCAUCGGAGUUUUACGUGCAACCGCAAUCGUGGAUAACAACGGCAGGUACGAGAUGCAGAAACGGGAAGGAAGAGAGAACCGCGCGGAGAAGGAGCUUGGGGCGCGCAACUCCGAGCGCGAGCAGGAGGUCGCCAAGCGGACCUCCAGGGGCAGCGGGAACGCCGCCCGGUCGAACGUGCACUCGUCCCGGCACAGCGUCACCUCGUCGUCCGGCGUGCUCAUGGUCGGCCCGAACUUUCGGGUCGGCAAGAAAAUCGGCUGUGGAAACUUCGGGGAGCUUCGUCUCGGGAAGAACCUGUACAAUAAUGAGCACGUAGCAAUUAAAAUGGAACCAAUGAAGUCAAAGGCACCACAGCUACAUUUAGAAUAUAGGUUUUACAAAUUAUUAGGUACACAUGUUCAUAACACACAUAUAGAGGGUAUACCGGAAGUGUACUACUUCGGCCCGUGCGGGAAGUACAACGCCUUGGUAAUGGAGCUUCUCGGACCGAGCCUCGAGGACCUCUUCGACCUUUGCGGGAGGAGGUUCACCCUCAAGACCGUUCUUAACAUUGCCACACAACUCCUCCAUAGGAUAGAAUACGUUCAUAGUCGGCAUUUGAUAUACCGCGACAUCAAGCCGGAAAAUUUUCUGAUAGGACGAUCCACUACCAAGCGGGAAAAGAUCAUUCACAUAAUCGAUUUUGGACUAGCCAAAGAGUACAUAGACUUGGAAACGAACAAGCACAUACCGUAUCGGGAACACAAGAGUCUCACCGGCACGGCGCGUUACAUGAGCAUUAACACACAUCUUGGCAAAGAGCAAAGCAGAAGAGAUGACCUGGAGGCGCUGGGUCACAUGUUCAUGUACUUCCUGCGCGGUAGCCUGCCAUGGCAAGGACUAAAAGCUGAUACACUGAAAGAGCGCUACCAGAAGAUUGGUGACACGAAACGAGCGACGCCGAUCGAGGUGCUCUGCGACGGUCAUCCCGAGGAGAUGGCCACAUAUCUGCGCUACGUACGCAGGCUGGAUUUCUUCGAAACGCCAGAUUACGAGUACUUGAGGAAGCUCUUCCACGAUUUGUACGAGAGACGCGGUUUCGUCAAUGACGGCGAGUUUGAUUGGACUGGCAAGACGAUGUCCACGCCCGUGGGAUCCCUUCAAACCGGCCAGGAGAUCGUUGUAUCGCCAAAUCGUGAUCGGCAUCCAACCGCUUAUAAGGACUUGGCAGGUGGAGGGGUGGGAGGUGGGGGCGGUAAGGGGGUGGGAACCACGUGGCCAGAUACUGUGAAGCAAUCAGGAGCCGGUGGUACAUUGACACCUGCUGACAGGCACGGCUCUGUACAGGUGGUGUCGUCGACUAACGGAGAGCUAGCCAAUGAUGAUCCAACUGCUGGACACUCCAAUACACCAAUUACAGCACCUCAGGAAGUGGAUAUGAUCGACGAAACCAAUGUUUGCUUCAUUUCCAGAUGCUGUUGCUUCUUCAAGCGCAAGAAGAAGAAAAGUGGAAGGCAGAAAUGACUGUCCGUUACCGUUGGUCUCGGGGGGGCGGUGCAGUGCGCGGGUAAUAGUGCCGACGAGUCCGCUGGAGGAGUCAUAACCGAGGGGGUGCAUGCCUCUGCCAUCACUGCAACGUCGAGAACGGGGAAACGCGGUGCAACGGGAACGGCCACGGGGAUGAUGAACGUAGCAGCAGGUGAUACUGCCAGCAGCGCCGAUCCCGAGAGAGAGGCCGUCACUCUGUUGCGCGUUGGCAGCCGAUCCGCGUCACGAGAUUCGGUGCUCCAUACGACUGUCACGAUGACGCCGACACCGACACCGCCGCCGCUGUCGAACUGAACCACCACCACCAUCACCAUCACUACCACCACCGCCACUACCAUCAUCAUCAUCAUCAUCAUCAUAUCAUCAUCAUCAUCAUUAUUAUCAUCA